CGAUGGAGCAACAAGCCCCUGUAGAUUUAGUACAGGAACGCAUGAACAUGCAACGGUUGCAAUCAAUUCACGACGAUGCAAAAGCAACUGCAGAUCAAGGAUCAGUGGGACACGUAGCAGACCUUACUCGUUUCAGUGAGGCGAGUGCGAAUGCGCUGGCUGGUAUGCCUGGCGGCUCUGACCUCAGCCUUAUGAACAAUAUGUCGACGCCGAUGACUGCUCUCAAUCCUUCAAAUGCGAUGUUGCCAGUCUCCCUGGCUGCUAUGGCACCAGGAGGAUCUAUGGGAUCUUCUGCACAAAACUUUGCAGGUGGUGGUAUAGAUCUGAUCCCUGCACUUGACAUGAACGUCAAUCCUCCUACCUAUAAUGUCAACAUCGAUGGUAACCCACUGACGAGGGCUUGUGAUAAACCGAUGGAUCCGUGGGAAGCUCAACAGCGCCAGCUCAGCAGUCUGGCGAAUUUACAACCACAGCAACAGCAGAAUCUACUGGCACAACUACAAAUACAAUUGCAGAACCAGCAGCAAGAGCUGAAAAAAAUAGAACAAUUACGCAAUCAACACCAGAUGAAACAGCGAUUUCAGUUUCAGUUUCAAGAUCCGUGGCUGGGUCUACAGCAACAACAGAUUGCUACGUCUGCACAACCGCUCGUCGGCUCAAUAUCUUCGGGUGGGGCUAGCUCAAGCACAUCGCCCACAGAGAUUACGGAGGCGCAGAUACAACGUGAGAUCGCCCAUGCGUUGCAACCACACCAACAAGUACAAGCGGCUCCACCCGCAUAUAGCGAACAGCUUCUAGCGUCAGGAGCGACGAAUACGAACGAACCCUUACCUAUGCUGAUGUUUCCCACAAAUUAUCACCUGCGAAGGAAGGGUGAUAAAGCACAGGCUCAAAACGCCAAUGUUGACCAAAAAAAUGUGUCCAUGCCGAGUCUAGGGGGCAAUGGUAUCGAGAUGAGGGGUAGCGGGGCGCAAACAGACGCUAUGCAAGCGCAGUUGCGGGCACAGGCGUCAGCUUUUCUAAACGGACAGCCAGCCGUAGGAGCAUCACAAGCACAUCCGCAAGGAGCAGGAUUGGCCCCCGGCAUGAAUCCUGAAAAUAAUAACUUGAGACAUCAAUUCAGUAUGCAUAGUCAAGAUACCCCCCGCAAUACUAAUCUCCUUGCUAGCUCGCUUAGUUGUCAAAGUACAUUGACCUCUACUAUGGGAAAAGUCAGUUUAGAUGGCGACGGAUUGAGUUCUGGUAGCAACUCGGCGAAUUCUGGUUUUAGCAAGGACUCUGCUUUUAAAUCUAGAGAAGCGUUCUCUACAUCGGAGUCAGACAAUGGUAGCGGGCAAGGCGGUGCAGCUCAUUCGUCUCUAUCCCAUAGUGCUAAUGACAACCGAAAGCCUUACAGUCGUAGCGAGUCUAUUUCUUCGCAGAGUUCACAGUCCAGCGCUGCCAAGAGUACUUCUGGAAACGGACGCAACUCGCUUUCGGGGAAGAAUUCUAUAGACAGUGGUGCGGAACUACCAGAGUCUAUAGAGCACGGUAAGUCUCCAAAAUCAGCUAGUGAGUCGCAAACACCCGAACAGAAGGCUAGUACUGCGUAUGGAGUCAGUGCACCUACUGGGUACCUAACGACACGUGCACAGGCCAUGGCUGCAGCAAAAGAGGCUGUGUUGUUGGAUGUGUUAGAUGCGAAACAGAAAGCAAAAGUCAUUGAAAGGCAGCAGAGUAUGGACAAUAGGAUAAGUAAUAACACUACACCAGCAUCAACACCCAAGUCAGGUUCGGAGGGGAGUGGGGUAGGGCUAGAGAAUACGACGAGCUCUCAAGAUUUGAUGGACACCUCUGGUAAUGGGGAUGGAGUAGAUAUGCAGGAGUCCUUGUCUCGGGCAAGUACUUUAGGAACAACCCAGGCUGCAUCGAGUUUUGGGCGCCAGCUGGAUAUCCCGGAAACUUUUACGAGGAAAAGAUCAGGUACCAUAGGAGGAGGGCCGGUAAAAAGCCCUCUGUCAAGUCCCCGAUCGAUUGAAAGACUACACGCGAGUGGUAUUGGCGACCUCAAAAGGAUGUCGCUCACUCGUGAUGAUAAUACCCGCGAUGCGACCUUAGUGUCGCCUUUAUCUGCAUCUGGUGCGGAUAUGAAGCCUAUGUUUGAUCUGAAUAUUGGAACCAGUACUCCGGCAACACUCGCGCAUUUACAAACUUUGCCUGGCUCCACCAUGGCGCCUAUGCUGCAAAAUACGUCGAUCAACGCUUCUAGGCAGCAAAAUAACGGCCUGGGGCAUACUUUCUCUCAGCCCAUCACACACACACAGCAACCAGCUCAAGCUCAAGCACAUCCUAGUGUACAAACUCAACUUUCGGCACCUUCCGCACUACAUACGGACGCCAUACUAACUGGCAAUUUAGUCAGACAAAAUACAUCACCCUUGCCAUCCACCUUAGCACAAGUACCUCAGAGCGCUCCUGUCCCGAUAAACUCGGCGGGUUUACACCGGGUCUCAGUCCCAUCAGUGAACCCAACGGCAAAUGUCCAUCAGAUUCUGGUACCCAGGAGGGGGUCGACCCCCUACAACGCCACAAUGGCGGCAAAGGUUCAUCCGCCUCCACCAGCUGUUGCUGGUGCAACAACUGGCCCUUUCAUGUUUAACACACCCGCAUCUCGUGUGGAUGUGAAUCUGUCGAGGAAAAGCCGCAUAAAGAAGGCUAGCCACAAUGCAAUUGAGAGGAAAAGAAGGUAUAAUAUCAAUGAUAGGAUAAAGGAGCUCCAAGAGAUGUUACCGGCCGUUGCGCUGUCACGUAGUAAGAUCAAGCAGUGCAAGGGAUCGACUCUCAAGAGGAGUAUAGACUACAUUCGGUACCUUGAGAAUUACAAUGAGUUGAUGGUACAGAAUAUGCGAGAAAGUGGUAUUUCUAUUAGUAUGAAAUCUUUUGCUGAGACUGAGGUAGAGGAUACCUUCGCAGAUCACACCAUCACUGAGGAGAAGGAUCACGAGAGAGAUGUGCAAACAACUUUUUAAAUUGUCACCGACAUAAUAUCUAUUAAUCAAAUACUUAGUAACAAGAAAAAAAAUACAUUUAUCUUCCACGCUCUCGCAAAGAAGCUACAAUAUAUAGCGGCCAUUCAGAUAUGAGUAUGCUGCAACGUAGCAGGUGCCAAGCCCGCUUUGGAACUUUGAAGCCAUUCAGACCUAAGUGUCGCACACAGUGAGGUACUUAUAGACAAUUUUCACGGGUUCGAACUCGCUAAGCUAAACAGUAUUACGCGUGAGUAUAAACAUAUAAAUCCUU